AUUUCAUGAUCGCUCGAAAUUUAAAUUGAAACACUUCUUGAACAUGUCCCGCAGCAAUCCAUAGUACAGCUACCAAAUAAACGCAUAUCUGCACCGUUCUAGAUUACAUUUUGUUAUUUUUCUCGACGAUCUGAUUCACAGUUUUAUAUAUGCAUUUGAAUAAACACAAUAAUUGGUAGUAUGAAGAGAAGGAAUGGCGAUUGUGGAAAAUCUCGAAAGGCCUUGAAAAGAAACAAAUCCGCCACCGAAGGAAUCUACUGGAGUUCUGUACAUUAUCUGAAGUUGUUCGGCAUUUGGCUCGUUCUGAUACUACUUGAUUAUUUACUACACUUUCGGUUUGAGUACGUCUGGCCAUUUUGGCUUCUGUUUCACAAAAUUGUUGAAGGAAUUAAACAUCAAGGAUUUGUUUAUACAGUGUUUUUUGUUUGCAUUGCAUUGACAUCAGACAUGGUGUGCUUUUUCUUCAUACCUGUACAUUGGUUGCUGUUUGUUGCUAGUACUUAUUUUUGGGUACAAUAUAUUUACCAAGCAGAAAAAUGUGUUUCUUGGCCAGUGGUAACUUUAUUAGUCUUGUACAUUUAUGUGGAGGCUUAUAUCCGACUGAAUAACCCUGACCAUAUUCCUUAUAAAUUGGUUUUGUGUAAACCUUUAGCUGCUAACUGUAUUGGAUAUCCUGUGGUUACACUAUGUUUUGGUUUCAAAAGUUAUUUAAGUCAUAAAUUGAGACAGAAACAACAACAUAGGGUUUCUAAAGAAAAUGAGUUUUAUCAAAACUUAUUAUUAGAUGCUUUGCCGUUUGAUAGAAUAACCGGCUCCAUUAUACCUAGUCAAGAAAAUGAUGAUGGAGAAAUAUGGUUGGAAUCAAUUUGUGAGGUGCCUGCUGAAGACAAUGAUAUACAUAUUAAUAAAGUUAUAUCUAAUGGUAGUGUUCCACAUAAGAAACCUGAAAAGCAAGAUCCUAUAUGUACUGAAAUACCUAAUAAAAAAUUAGUAACUAAUGAUAGAUUAAUAUGUAAUAGUAAUCAAGAAAAUCAUGUAAAUAAAGAAACAGAAAAAAAUAAAAAGGUGACUCCUAAAUCGUCAUCAACUAAAAAUAAUAACCAUCUAAGGUGUAGUAAUCAAAACUCAAGCACAAAAGAAUCUACAAAAGCUAAAGGCACCUCACCACUAAGACUAGAAAAGCCUUUAAUUGUUGAUCCUAAAGACAUAUAUUGUGAAACAUUGGAAAAUGAGUUAAAAAGGCUUAAAUGUGAACUUCACUCGUGUAGUCAGGCAGAAAAAGAACUGAGAAAUCAGUUAAAUUCUGCUUUAGUUGAAAAUUCAAAUACUUCACAUGAUUUGACAAGGCUGAAACAAGAACACGAAGAUACCAAAUCUAAGGUUAUCAAUUUGGUAGUAACCCAUCAAAAUGAUAGGCAGAUGGUGUCUCAACUUGAAAAACGUUUGUCAGAUGAAAAACGACUAAGGAUUUCAUGUGAGUCUCAAUUAGUCACAGAAAGACGACAAUUAAAAAAAGUUGAAGAGCUUGCUGCUUCUAGAUUAUCAGCUUUAUCUACAAAACCAGAAUGUACAGAAAGCUGUAAGGUUAGACGCAGAGAGCUUGAAAGUGAAGCCAAAGCAUUACGCAAAGAACUUAGGAUAAAAGAUGAGCAGUAUGUGGCGGCGCAAAAAGAAGUCAAUGAUCUUCAACCGUACAAACAAAGUCAAGAUAAAAUUGAUUUUGUUAUGUCUGCAUUGUCAACGUUGAAAGACAAAAAUGCUCACUUAGAACACAGUCUGAGCGCGGAAACGCGCAUUAAACUCGAUCUGUUUUCAGCAUUAGGCGAAGCCAAGAGACAGCUAGAAAUUAAAAUUAAUAAAAUUUCAUCUCAAGAAAAAGAGAUUGAAGAACUUAAGUCUAAAAUGGCUCAGACAAUGAUUAUGACGCCACCAAAUAACUCAUACCAUAUGGUAAACUCUGUUGGCGGAUCGCCAACAAUGAGGUUUGGUGGUAGUAAUUCACCUCAGUCUAGCCUUGAUCCAAAUGCCACUAUAUAUACACCCAAGAAAAGUUCACAUUUAGUCACUGAAGCUUAAUUUUUAUAAUAAAAUGUUUGCAUACAGAAUUGCAGUAUUUUUCAAAAACUGACAACAAAAAAAUUAAUUCUCUUUUCUCUUUCUCAACAGAUAAUAAUUAUUGUACACAUUAAAUACCUCAGUAGUCAGUGAAGUAUUAAUUUAGAAACAAUUUGUAUUGAUAGUAAUAUUCUUUAUUAGAAUCAGUAUUUUUAUUGUUUACAAACAUUUUACAAAUACCUUUGAUGAUUUAAAUAAAUCCCUCCCCCUCUCAUUUACUAUGAAUUUGACCUAUAUUCUUGCACUUCAUAAUUUAUUAUGUAUCUGUUUUGUUUUGGUAUUUUUUCUCAGUUCUUGACCAAUGGGGUGCUUCUACUUCAAUUUAUUUAUUUUGUUUAUUUGAUCUUCCAAUUUUUAAUGUUUUUUUUUUCUUUUUUUUGCAUUUCAUCUGUAUCAGUAUCUUUGUGGUAAUAGACACACAAAAUCUAAGAAACUUAAAGUCGAAACGAACAAAUUAAUAUUAAGACAUAAUAUGUUAAGUUUAAACUUAGUUCUUUUUUUAACCAUUAUAUAAAUUUGUAUAUUUUUUUUUUGUUCCUAAUCAGAAAAAGUCCUAAGGGCCACAUAACCCUAAAGGAGUUUUUCUUUGUUAACAUUUAUGAUUGUAAUGAAAAGAUUGUGAUAAUUUAUAGAUGAAAUAGCUCCGUUUAAAAUGAAUUAAUGUGUAUUGAAUAGGUACACACAUAUAUAUAUUUUUUUUUUAUAAAAUUAAGACAAUAUGGU